AUGCCUAUGGCAAAUUUUGCGGCCUUAAAUGUUAUAUCGAACAGGUUUAUACAAGAAGAAUUAUCAUAUGACUGUGUGGAUCAGGAGAAAGAGAACCGGGAAUUGGUAAGGCAGUUAACCGAAGAGCAAAAGGUCAUAUACAAUGAGGUGUUAACCAAUAUUGAUCGCCAAGCUGGCGGGUUAUUCUUCAUUUAUGGUUAUGGAGGGACUGGUAAGACGUUUUUGUGGCGAGCAUUGUCCUCCGCUUUAAGUUUGCCAUACCCAUCUGUUAAUGAAGAUUCCACUUGCAACAUAAGUCACGGCAGUCCAUUAGCAGAGCUUAUUGCGCAAAGCAAGCAGAUUCUACCAGUAAUUCUGAAGGGUACCAGACAGGAUAUUGUCCGGGCGAGCAUUAGUUCCUCAUAUCUUUGGAAAUCCUGCAAAGUAUUUAGGCUAACUAAGAAUCUACGCCUAAGAAGUGUACAAUCACAAAUCGAGGGUAAAGAGAUCGAGGAGUUUGCAAAAUGGAUAGCUAAUAUAGGUGACGGAACUGUUGGUAAUCCACGUGAUGGUGAGUCAGAUAUUACAGUUCCAGGACAUUUAUUGCUUAAGUGCGAGGAUGACCCUAUUGCUACAAUUGUUGAUAGCACCUUCCCUCAUUUUAGACUAGGGAUUGGCAAUCUGUCAUCUCUUAAUGAUAGUGCUAUUUUGGCUCCAACAUUGGAUGUGGUAGAUAGCAUUAACCAAUACAUGAAUGAUCAUAAUCUGACUGAGGGUAAGACUUACUUGAGUUGUGAUUCUGUUUGUAAGUCAGAUUCAAAUGUUGAUAUGUUAGCAGAUUUGCACACUCCCGAAUUCUUGAAUGGCCUAAGAUGUUCUGGAGUACCAAAUCAUGCUUUGACAUUGAAAGUUGGGUCACCUGUUAUGCUCUUGAGAAAUAUUGAUCACACACUAGGAUUAUGCAACGGUACAAGGUUGAUUGUUACUAGGUUAGUUGAUCACGUGUUGGAAGGCAAUAUCAUGUGCGAUACAAAUGCAGGAACAAGAGUAUUAAUUCCUAGAAUGUCAAUUUAA